AUGGCAGCAAUCGGCAUUAAUCGUCAGACCGAGGAAAUGUCAUGGGUAUCUGCCGAUAGCAAGAUUAGCCAUGAUCAGAUUGAAGAUGUCGAGUCUGGUGCCAAGCGAGUCCAGCUCAAUGAAGAGCGCGUGAUUCUUACCGAGCAAGACAACAAGUUAAUCCUCCGCAAAACAGAUAAGGCAAUUCUCGUUAUCCUCGUCUGGGUGUAUUUCCUCCAAAUUCUCGACAAAUCUGUCCUUGGAUAUGGCUCCAUCUUCGGUCUGCGGAAAGACACCGGUCUAGUUGGCUCGCAGUACUCCCUCGUCGGCUCAAUGGCACCUAUCGCGCAACUCUGCUGGCUGCCCUUCGCCUCUAUCUUGAUUGUCAAGGUUCCGCAUCGCAUUUUGAUGUCCGCACUUGUCUUCGGCUGGGGUCUUUCGCAGACUUGUAUGGCAGCCUCGAAAAACUACGCCGGCCUCCUAGCCACGCGCUUCUUCCUCGGUCUUUUUGAGGCUGCAUGUCUACCCCUUUUCGGUGUUAUUACCAGUGAGUGGUACCGUCGUGCAGAGCAACCGCUGCGUGUUGCUGCUUGGUACGGAACCAAUGGGCUCGCGACUAUCUUCGGAUCUGCGCUUUCGUACGGUCUGGGACAUAUCCCCUCUAGCACGCUUAAGUCGUGGCAAAUUAUCUUCCUGUUCGUCGGUCUUAUCACAGUCAUCACCGCGCCAUUCGUGUACUGGAAGCUCGACAACGACGUUGAGACUGCUCGCUUUUUCAACGAGAAAGAGCGCGCUCAAGCCAUCGAGCGCCUUCGCGCAAAUAACACUGGCAUCGGGUCCCAUGAGUUUAAGUGGAGUCACGUCGUUGAGGUGUUUGUUGACCCUAAGACCUAUCUUUGGUUCUCCAUGGCUCUUCUACUUAACGUCGGCGCAGCAGUAACCAAUGUCUUCGGUCCCCUCAUCUUGUCCGGGCUCGGAUUCGACAGCUACGUUACCUCUCUCCUCAACAUCCCCUUUGGCGCCGUCCAAUUUCUUGUCAUUAUUAUUUCUUCAUUUGCGGCGCAGAAGGCGAAGCUAAAGGGCGCUGUCUUGGCUGUCCUCAUGCUCCCUGUGGUCAUCGGUCUCAUUGUCCUCUACGUCCUCCCCCGAACGUCAGCGAACGUUGCCCCAAACCUAGUAGCAUUCUACCUCCUCGCCUUCCUCUUUGGCGGCAACCCUCUCCUCGUCACCUGGCUUGUGGGAAACACUGCCGGAACAACCAAGAAGUCCGUGUUGAUGGUCAUCUACAACAUCGGAGUCUCAGUCGGGAAUAUCGUUGGACCCCUCCUCUUCACCACUGCGGAUGCGCCAAGCUACUUGCCAGGGCUGCGUGCUGUGCUAGGGAUGUUCAUUGCCAUGGUGGCGUUCAUUUUUGCACAGUGGGCUCUGCUGAUCAUGAUGAACAACAGCCAAGAGAAGAAGCGCGUGGCCAAUGGCAAGCCGGCGAAGAUUACGGACAGGUCAAUGACGAACACUUAUUCUGCUCAGGAUGAGAUUGAGGACGGUAAUGGGGCCGCGGCGUUGCAUGAUCUCACUGACCGCAAGAACGAUGAGUUUGUGUACAUUUACUAG